GUCAGCUUUUAUAGUGUCUUGUGCCAAGUCUCUUUUUAAUGUUAGAAAAAUGAGUAACUUCUCUUUGAUUGCUAGUCACUGUUGCUGGUAACAAAACCAGAGACUUGGCAAAAGCUGUUGUAACCCUAGAGCUCUUUGUUGAAUGCAUUUGCUUUUAGCUGUUUUGGGGAUGCUCCUCUGUACGUAUGUCAGUCUAAUUUCGGUGCCCAGAGGAAGGAAAGGGGGUGGAGAACAGCCACCAGUUUUCUUUAAGGAAAGAUAAAUAAUAAGAGUGCUACUCAUCUCUUUAAAAGCGGUUUACUUCCACACAUCUUUCUUUGACGGCUGCUGAAAAGGUCCAGAAAUCUCAAAUGUACAAGACCAAAUAAAAAAACCCAGCAUUCCCCCCCACUCCUUUACUCCAUCUCUUGGUGAAUUCUCCCUCCAUCUGGUGACAGUUAAAGCCCUAUCUAGGACCUUGCUGCAAGCUCUCAUCUGUUUUGGAACCACUCUCAGCAAAAAAAAAAGAAAAAAGAAAAGAACAAGGAGUUUUUUCAUGUGAGAAAGACAAGACUGUUGUGACCUUGCUAACUGUUCAUAUUCCCUGGGUAGCAGAGACACUUAAAUGAUGAUGUGUGUGAAGACAGACACAGUUAUUUUUCUCUCUGGGGUAUGACACAGCAAACGUAUCACCAGUCAAGUAAGAGCGCAGGCACUUAGUAAACACUCAGACUACAUUAUACUCUAUAACGUAGUAUCCAUCGUUCUGGAUGUAGUAGAACCAUAGGACAGUAGUCUACAAAAUAAGUGAAGUUUGGGGAAAAUGGCCUGUGAAUUUAAUCUAAACUUCCUUAAGGAAUUGGAACGAGAGGCUGUUCUAGAAGUCCUGUACCGUGACCAGAUGGUGAGAAAAACAGAGGAGGAAAGAAUAAGGAAACUGAAACUGCAGCUGCAGCAGCUUCGAUGGAAAGGGGCAAGAAAUAUAAACCAUGAAUACCAGGAGAGAUCUUGUGCUCGCUGUCAGAAAUCACUUGGGUUAUUGAUGAACAGAGGUGCAGUAUGCAAUGGGUGCAGUCAUCGAGUGUGCUCCGAAUGCCGUGUCUGCCUGAAUCCCUGCCUUUGGAAAUGCACUGUUUGUUAUGCUCAUGGAGAUGUGAAAGUAAAGGCUGGUGAAUGGUUCUUUGAGGAACGAGCAAAGAAAUAUCCAGGUGAAGGUGUUUUUUUGUUGUUUUUUUUUUCCUUCACAGGCAGACAUGAAACAGUUGGUGCAAAGCUCUUGAAAUCUUAUCAGAACCUGAGUAACAUUUCCGUCGUACCUCCUACUCCACCUCCUUUCACAGAAUCCACAGCAGGAAGCAACCUGACGGUAAAUGAACUUGGACAGUCUAAAAGUUUUAAUAAAUCUGUGGAAAACUUGGUUUUGUCUCUCACAACACAUAUAAAAAAAAUCUCUAAGUCCCAGAAUGACAUGGCUGACAAACGUCUCCUAACCACAGAUUAUGGGCAGAACGUGGAAAGAAGGAAGCAAAGAAGGAGCCAGUCUGACACUGCCAUCAACAUUACAAGCAGGAUGAAAAGUACACCCAGUCUUCAACAGCUCAUCACUGGGGCCCAAAAUGACAGUGAAAUUCUGACCAGAAGGAAUUGCAAGGAGGAGGAGGACAUAACAAGCAGUCCCACAAGUGAUGCAGUUUUCUGUGAUGGCAGAAAACAUGGGAGUUUGUAUAGUCUGAACAGCACUUGCACGGAGUCUGGCAAUUUUGGCAAGGCUAACGUCACAGGAGAAAUAGAGUUUGCCAUAAGAUACAUCUUCAAAGCUUGCAUCUUAGAAAUUUGCAUCAAGGGAUGCAAGAACCUGGCUUAUGGAGAGGAGAAGAAGAAAAAGUGUAACCCGUAUGUUAAGGUUUAUUUACUUCCCGAUAAAUCUCCUCGGAGUAAGCGGAAGACAGCUGUCAAAAAGAGCACAGUGGAUCCAGAAUUCGAUGAGACUUUAAAGUACAAGAUUGAAUACUCCCAGCUGGGAAGUCGGCAACUUCAGAUCUCUGUGUGGCAUGCAGGAGCACUCAAAUACAGGGUGUUUUUGGGGGAAGUGGUGAUUCCACUGGCAGCAUGGAAUUUCGAAGAGAACUCGAUGCAGUUGUUCAACUGGUACCAGCUCAAACCCAAGCUUGAAAAGCCUGAAGAUGAUUUUAACCAGUACAGUGGCGAACUCCUCGUAUCUGCAAGACUGUCAUUACCAGCCCAGCAUAAAAAUUUCCUGUUUGAAGGAAAAAAAGACCCAGGAGUUCCCAACUGCCAGCUUCAGGUUAUGAUAUUUGGGGCCAAGAACUUGCCCAUGCUGAGAUCUGCUGGAAUGCCGAACUCAUUUGUUAAAGGUUGUCUUAUCCUUCCAGACCAAGCAGAGGUAAAGCGAAAGUCUCCUGUCCUGAAGAAAGAAGCCUUUCCCCAGUGGAAACACUUGUUUGUCUUUGAUGGUGUUACCCCAGCUCAGCUACAGCAAUCAUGUCUACACUUGACUGUCUGGGACAAGUCAAGUUUCAGCUCAAGUGAUCAAUUCCUAGGAGGAGCCAAGCUUGGUGCAGAGGAAUCAUUGGGCUCUGCAGAUCUUGUUUCUCAGUCAGUGCUCCAAUGGCAGGAAGUGCUCCGCAGCCCAAACAUGUGGAUGGACUUUACACUUGUACUGCAUUCAAAUAAGGAAAACUUUAAAUCAUGAGAGAUUACCACACAACUUUUCCUUCCCCAUGUGUGACGUUUCAAGUGGCACAUAACUUUCAGGUCUGCAGAAAGGUACACUGCAACAGUACCUACUCCAGCUUUUGAGGAAUAGAGUUAUAGAUUUGAAAGUGUGUGAUGUUCUGAAGGUUUUAUUUCUCCAAAAGUUAAGGCUUUGUUAUGUGUGUCUCUAGCUGGAGUAUAAGGUUAGUAUUGUUUCUUCAGGAGUGACAUACUCAGUUUGCAAUGCAUUAUGUUGACAAGGCAACAGUUGCCAGAUGGUAUGCAGUUUUCCAUUUCUGGGCAUAGCAGAACAGUUAAUUAUUUAAUUUAAUCACAGAUAGGAAUACUUCUUAAGAGAAAAUAACUGUUACCUUAAAGUUAUAUGCUUUCACUCUGAUCUUGAUGUUUUAUACAUGUUCAGAGAGAACUGAAAACUAGCUUAUCUUUAACUGCUUGCUGCAGCUGGGUGAUGCUAACACCUCUGUGCUUCAGAUUUAUCUACAGUGCCACCAUUAUAUCACAUGACUCUAAAAAGCUUUGGCCUGUGGCCACAUGCGUCUCAAAAUGUGUGCUGUAUCAUGGUGCUUGAAACCAGUUGAAUGUAUAAAUUUUCCCACAGUAGGAGUGUGGGACAA